CACCACCCACCACCAGCCGAAGCCAAACCAUCAACCCAACCCAACCACACCACAACACAAUAUUUAUAGGAUGACUGAUAUCAAGAACAACAAACCGAAUCACCAGAAACUGAACCAAAUUUUCAACAUCUCACACAUUCUAAUCGGACUAACGAUCGGCAUCUGUCUGGCUUUGGCGAUUAACCAAUUCCCAACCUCCAGCUUGGAUCGAUGGACGAGAUACGUGAUCAAGCCUUCCUCAUCGGCCGCCUUGGAAUCAACUGACGACCAUUUAAGCUGGCUGAGUUGGCACAAAGUUCAACUGAAUAACCCACUCUCCAAGCACGAUCAUCACAAUGACCUUCACCAUGAGCAAACAGACCAUCCUAACCAUCAACCUCCAACUCUCAAGGAAGAGAUCAAGAAGAUCAUCAAUGCCAACAAACUCAAACUCGACAACUUCAACAUCAUCCAUUCUAACGACGAACUAUGAAAGCUCCCCUUUUUCCUUGAUCUCUGAUCUUACCAGCAACAGCCCAACACUUUGUAAUACGAGAAACCAUAACCAGCAACAACCAAACUUCUCUAGUUUUCAUCUCUCUUCUACUGUACUUGUAACUCAUCUUUGGCUUUCUUGUUAUAAAUAGUAUCACUCAACAAUCAAUAACCAAAAACAGACUCAUAUAGACUCAUUCAUCCAUCAGGAGAAGGGGAACCAUCAGGUGGGAGACAGCAUGUGUUUAAUCAGUCAGAUCAAACAAAUCUCCCUUUUAUACUGCGUAUUUUGUACCAUUGAGUUAAGACCAUGUAUGGAAUUUAUAAGCUGAUACAA